CAAAAUCAAACUCACUUAAACAGUGACUUUCCGUUCUGUUCUUAAACCCUCCGACGAAGCUCCGGCAGAGAAACCUCUCCGCCUCUCGCAUUUUUCGGCAGCCAUGUACGGCGGAGAUGAAGUGUCAGCUAUUGUAGUUGACUUGGGUUCCCACACUUGCAAAGCUGGUUACGCCGGAGAAGAUGCCCCCAAAGCCGUUUUCCCCUCCGUUAUUGGAGAAAUAGAUGGAACUGGAAUGGAUAUUGAUGAUGCUGCUAAUACGGAGGAUGCAAAAACCAAUGUCGUGGAGUCUGAUAAAGAAAAGGGCAGACGGAAGCUUUAUGUAGGAUCUCAAGACUUGAAUGUUCGCCGCGAUCAAAUGGAGAUAUUGUCACCCGUAAAGGAUGGCAUUGUAACCGAUUGGGAUAUGGUGGACAAUGUAUGGGACCAUGCAUUUAGGAAUUGUCUAAUGAUUGAUCCCAAGGAGCACCCAAUGCUGCUAGCUGCCCCUUUGAACACACAGCAGCAAAGAGAAAAGGUGGCUGAGAUUAUGUUUGAAAAAUACAAAGUGCCAGCAUUAUUUACAGCAAAGAAUCCUAUUCUUAUAUCGUUUGCUUCGGGGCGAGCUACUUCUUUGGUUGUUGACUGUGGUGGAGGAUCCACGACUAUUUCGCCAGUGCAUGAGGGUUACGUUCUUCAAAAGGCUGUCAUAUCAUCUCCAAUUGGUGGAGACUUUCUCACUGAUUGCUUACUGAAAAGCUUAGAGAGUAAAGGGAUUAAAAUAAAACCUAGAUAUUCUUUCAAGAGAAAGGAAAUACGACCUGGAGAAUUUCAGGUUACGGAUGUAGAAGUUCCUGAUACCACAGAAAGCUACAAACUCUACUGUCAGAGGAUGAUAGUAAGUGAUAUCAAGGAUUCUAUAUGUCGAGUUCCAGACACUCCCUAUGAUGACAAAUCAUAUUCAAACAUUCCAAUGACAUCUUACGAGCUUCCUGAUGGCCAGACACUUGAAAUUGGUGCUGAUAGAUUCAAAGUCCCUGAUAUUAUAUUCAACCCUUCCAUAGUUCAGACGAUUCCUGGAAUGGAGAAUAACACAGACAUGCUUCAUUCUGUUCAAGAAUUACCACACAUGGUUUAGAGGCUCAUUUACAAUAGUGAGAUUUAUUUUGGGAAACGGAAUGGCUAUAUGUGCAGUGUGUGGAUAGGAGGGAGUAUAUUGGCAUCGCUAGGUUCAUUCCAGCAAAUGUGGUUCUCGAAGUCUGAGUAUGAAGAGCAUGGAGCUUCUUACAUCCAGAGGAAAUGCCCUUAAAAGCUGCUUGAGAUCAAGAAGAAGGACGAAUCUAUGUGUUCCAAAUGGUGUAAUAUUAUUAGUAGUUCGUCUCUGUGCUGUCAUCGCCGUAACAAGAACCUAGGGAGACAAUCAGAGAGACUAAGUAAUUAUCUAUGUAUUUUUUAAGGCAAGUGUUUAGUUGCAUACAGUAUAUGCAAACUGACAAAGAAUGGAAAAAGAUGGGCAAAAGAGAUAAACCACGUAUUCUAUGAAUCUUGUAGGAA